CUUGGCAAGGGGAGACACUUCUGAAUGUACCAAGAUUUUUGAACAGCUCUGACUGCAUACCAAGGCAAAAUGCACAAGACCAAAUCAAGUUAGUAGGCCAGCAAGUGCCAUGCGAUCGACAGAGAUUUAUACACACAUUUGAAUCAAUAUUGGCCAAAUGAAUCCGAAACGGUCAACAUAUUGUCAGUUGGCUAUAAGCGUAAUGCGUGUACGACAAAUAAUCAGACAAAACAGUACUUGCUAGUUCAAAUUGAAAUAUGCUAUAGCUUAUCAUUUGUGAUUGUUAUGACUUAAUGUUUUUCGCUUGCGCAUGAGUUACGGUGAACAAAUGUGUCCUGUUUUCCUUAGCAUUAACUUUAUUUUUCCUCGGCUCUGAAAAUAAGAUACAGUAGGCUAAAGUGGAUACGGGUUGGUGUGUCGUAGGAUAUUCACGCUCAAGCGCAAGAAGCUGACGAUGCUUGGGGGAACCAGAGAUGUUGGUUUUCGCCUCCGCAUUUUGCAGCAGGUUGCUGAUCUGUGAGCGUGAAUCAGCAGACCGUGGAUUGAUAAACCAUUUCAUACGCUCUAUAGAAUAAACCUGUAACUUCCACCGGGGAUUAAUAACAUUUACUUCGUACUACUGAUGUUUCAUAAGAAUCUUUUCCAGCAUUUUAAUGUCUUUCGAAACUUGUCAAAUUGACAUAAUUUACAUUUAACUUGGGCUAUGACGCUUCGAUCCGCGUGGCACUCACUGCAAUUAAUUGGCACUAUUAAACCGAAUAAGAUAAAAAGGCAAUUUGAUAACAAGGACUGCAAUCGGAUACUCAGUCGUAAUUUUUUUCACUAAUUUACUCAGCAAAAUGGAUGCCAACGACGAUCUAUCGAAAUACCAAUGGAAUAAGUAUUCAUCCUUUUCACAUUUCAACCUCAUUAAUAUCUGAAUAUCACCUUAAAAGUGUGAACUGACAGCGACACGACAAGACGGGGAAGGGAAUAUGCAGUCAGGAAAGGGAAUGAAGAAGCUCUCAGCAGGUGGAGGAGCGUCACUCUGCUGUCUACUGCUCCUGUGGGUAAUUUACUCCCAUCUCUUGAGAGAGGGCCAGUUGGCCGUUGGCACCUGUGAGAUCGUGAUGCUCAACAGAGACAGCAGCAUGCCCAGGCGCACCAUCGCCCGUCAGACCGCCCGCUGUGCCUGCAGGAGAGGCCAGAUCGCUGGGACCAUGAGGGCCAGGCCGGCCUGUGUUGACCUGCGUAUUGUGAGGAGCAGACUGUGGUGUGAGAUGUCGCCCUGCUUGGAGGGGGAGGCGUGUGGCCUUCUCUUCAACCGUUCUGGCUGGACCUGUACCAAAGGCAGUGGCCGCAUCAAGACAGUCACGCCUUUGCCUAAGGAGCCAUCGUAAGGAGUUCAGCUCUCAGUGGUGUAUUGCCAGAGAUGGCAGAAGGGGAACAGAAGGAAACUCACCAGGCAAAACAUUGUGUAUCCAUUUGCAAAUGUUGUGCUCAAUCCACUACCCCCACCACCUCUCGCUCCAUUAAACAGAGGAGUCCUGCUUUUUAAUAGUGACACACCUCUGCUCCUCCACUGGUCCUCCGGAGCCAUGUCUAAGGAGGACUAUGCCUGUCCAUUAAAUGCAUUGUUUUUGGAUCCUUCUUCCACGUCCCAAUGGGUUGUUUCAGCACAGCAAGCAGGAUGUGACUUGGAGUUUAAACUUGUGAAGGAAGCCAUUUUGACAAUGAACCCUCCGUAACACAACAUGGAGACAUUCUGGGAGAAUUGUUUUGGACUAGUUUCAACAAUUAUGCAACAAUCGUUGUUUGGUUUGGUGGACACAGGGGUCUGUUGGAUAUGAUGCCAAUAUGUGCCAGUCUUUAAAGGGUGGGUAGCAUUUAACAUAACCACAUGUGAAAGUCCCAUGCAAAGUUACACUUAACUCUUCUGUUUUCAGAGUUAUUACAUAAAACAAAAAAGAUUUACAAAGAUGGCUGAAUCCAUGCAAGAAUUUUUUGCAUAUUCUAAUGAUAUAAGAAGAACCAAAGUAGAUCAAUUUAAAUUAUCCAUAGGUGGUAAAAGGCAAGGGACAAGGUGAACACAGUAUGCAAUAGCAUCAUUUAUUGCUAGUGGCUAAUAUUAGCCAACUCAACAAAACUAAUGCUACUUUCCCUUUAAUCCCGUCUUGGCUAUUUGAGGGAUUGGGUUCCAUAAGAUUUGGGGGUUGACCAUUUUAGAGAAAGGGGGAUAAUCCUAUGUAUCAUGUUUUUUUUUUUUAUUGUGUAGCAGAUUUAUACAGUGCAUUUUCUGUUGGCAAGAAGAAACUUUUGGAUGGAUUGUCAAUAACUGUCUAACUUGACAAUGGCAAAGCUCUGUUUAUCUAGGGACUAUAACUGAUGGGACUGUUGUCAGUAAUGAGUCCAUACUAGAGCUCAGACGUAUGGUUCCAAAAGUGGAUUCUCAAUGCUCAUAACCUCUGAUGAUAUUUAAUAUAAGCAAUAGUGAUAUUAUUGUGUAAUGUAGAUGUUAUAUUUUCUACCGAGAUUGCAGAACAAUUCAUAUAUGGAUGUGUGUCGUCCUUUUAUCAUCAGUUCCUGGUUUCACAAAGCAACCAAACAGUCUGUUUGUCCGGUCUUAGAGCAGAUGCAGGUGAUCUGUAGAUGUAUGUGAUGGCAGCUAUCAAGUGGCUAAUUUCCGCCAGUUUUAAUGCUAGCAGGUCACGUGUCCUGUGUGCUCUGUGAUUCGAAGAUACUGAUAGAAAUUUGGUUUAUAAGUUUGUUUGGUUCCUUACGCUUGUAUACACACAGUCUUAUACCCUUAACCUUUUAUCAGAUAUCAAAGUUUUUUAGAAAUGAUUUCUAAUCUUUCAACUGAAUUUUCAUCCUGGAAAUUUCUGUAUGUAUUCAAUGUUUUGAACCACAAUAAUCAGCAUGUUGUUGAUAUGUAUGAGGCCUUGUCAGUUCCAGAACCUUGAGCCCUACUACCUGUUGAGAGACCCACCCCCCCAUGAGCCAUCACUGAGUUAUAGGACAACAUUAUAUAACACAGUUAUUACUAUGUCUGGUCUUGCCUGGCCCUUUAUCCUGUGUUUGAAUUACACUGAACAAAAUUAUGAACGCAACACUUUUGUUUUUGCCCACAUUUAUCAUGAGC